GCGAGACACAUGUCCAAUGGCCGGCAGCACACCCGCUCGCUCUGGAGGACAACGGUGGGGGAUUGCAAGCGUUUGGGCAUCGGUGUUUCUUGUUUUGGAGAGGGGGAAACACCGGAAAAGAACCCUCAUACGUGAUUUGAAUCUCUGUUGAGAUUGCGGGUUUAGGGUUUAUGUGAUUCGCUGCAAUCCCCUGCCCUACACCCCCACGGUGUGGCACCUGCACCCACUGCCUUUCUAUAAUAAAGCCGUCAGUUUUAUUCUGAAUUGUCGAUGUGGGAUUCGGGUCAUAUGUUUCUGAAUUGAGUAAAGCACCAACGGACAAAGUCCCGAGUGGACACGUGGCGGCGUUGGCAAAGGACCCGUCCGGCACCGUUCUCAUCCUUGAAAGACACUCAGAAAGAAGAUGGAAAGACGACUGUGAAGAUAAGAGAGAGAGAGAGAGAGAGAGAGAGAAUGACGAGCAGAGGAGGAGGAGGAGGAGGGAAGACUGUAGUAUGCGUGACGGGAGCAUCUGGAUAUGUAGCUUCAUGGCUCGUCAAGCUCUUGCUUCUUCGCGGAUACACUGUCAGGGCCUCUGUUCGUGACCCUAGUGAUCUAAAUAAGACAAAGCACUUACUUGCCCUAGAUGGAGCAAAGGAGAGGCUUCACCUGUUCAAAGCUGACAUACUGGAAGAAGGCUCUUUUGACACCGAGAUUGAUGGGUGUGAAGGUGUUUUUCAUACAGCCUCACCUUGUAACCUGUAUGUUAUGGAGGAGAAUGCACAGGCAGAGUUGAUUGAUCCUGCAGUAAAGGGAACAAUUAAUGUUCUUGCAUCAUGUGCCAGAGUCCCAUCUGUGAGAAGAGUUGUUUUGACAUCCUCCUCAGCUGCAGUAAUAAACAAUGGCUGGCCUCGAACACCUGAUGUGGUAGUUGAUGAGACUUGGUAUAGCACGCCCGAUGUUUGUAAGAAAAUGAAGGCUUGGUAUCCACUUGCAAAGACUUUAGCGGAGGAUGCUGCUUGGAAGUUUGCCAAAGAGAAGGGUAUUGACAUGGUUGUAAUGAACCCUUCAUUAUGUAUUGGUCCUCUAUUGCGGCCAGCCCUUAAUGUAGGUGCGACUGAAAUUAUGAAGUUAAUAAAUGGUGAAUCAUUUCGAAAUUUUUCCUUUGGGUGCAUUAACAUUAAAGAUGUGGUGAAUGCACAUAUUCAAGCAUUUGAGAUACCUUCAGCUAGUGGAAGAUAUAUUUUGACUGAGAGAGUUGCACACUUGUCUGAAAUUAUGGAGAUAAUAAGGAAGCUUUUUCCUGAUUUUCGACUUCCAGAAAAGUGCGAGGACGACAAGCCAUUUAUGCCAAUUUACCAGGUAUCCAAGGAGAAGGCGAAAAGAAUUGGCAUUGAUUUCAUCCCUCUUGAGCUGGGCAUCAAGGAAACGAUUGAAAGCUUGAAGGAAAAGGGGCGUCUCGAUGGCUAAGUUUUCAGAACAGACCAAGAUUGGCACCUAUCUUGUUGUAUAGUGCAAUGCUAGCUAGUUUCAAACUUUCAAUAACUUCUGUCUGCUUGAGAUGAUAUUAUCCAAGAAUUUUAGUUGAGCAUUCUUCACUCACCAGUAGGGAAAGAGAAACUUGUAUAAACCAUGGUUUUACGCUGUUUUGUGAUGGUUUAAAACGUUUAAGUGUCUUCUUAUAUAUAUAGAUAUGUAAGAACUCUACAUUUAAUUUUA